AUGGGGAACCGCGUUGCGCGGGAAGACUUCGAGUGGGUCUACACCGACCAGCCCCACGCCGACCGGCGCAAGGAGAUCCUGGCAAAGUAUCCGGAGAUAAAGUCCUUGAUGAAACCUGAUCCCAACCUGAUCUGGAUCGUCAUCCUGAUGGUUCUCACGCAGCUGGCCGUGCUGUACUUAGUGAAGGACUUGGACUGGAAGUGGGUCAUAUUUUGGGCGUAUGCCUUUGGCAGCUGCAUCAACCACUCCAUGACUCUGGCCAUUCACGAGGUUUCCCACAACAGUGCCUUCGGCCACUACAGAGCCAUGUGGAACCGCUGGUUCGGGAUGUUCGCCAACCUGCCGAUCGGCGUGCCCUAUUCCAUCUCCUUCAAGCGCUACCACAUGGACCACCACCGCUACCUCGGCGCCGACGGCAUCGACGUGGACAUCCCCACCGAUUUUGAAGGCUGGUUCUUCUGUACCACUUUCCGGAAGUUCAUCUGGGUGGUCCUUCAGCCUCUCUUCUAUGCUUUCCGACCUCUGUUCAUCAAUCCCAAGCCGAUCACUUACCUGGAAAUCAUCAAUACCGUGGUCCAGCUCACAUUCGACGUGAUCGUUUACUACGUGUUGGGAGUUAAAUCGUUAGUCUACAUGCUGGCAGCCUCCCUACUCGGCCUAGGUUUGCAUCCGAUCUCUGGACAUUUUAUAGCCGAACAUUACAUGUUCUUAAAGGGACAUGAAACCUACUCGUACUACGGGCCUCUGAAUUUACUUACCUUCAAUGUGGGCUACCAUAACGAACACCACGACUUCCCCAACAUUCCCGGGAAAAACCUCCCGCUGGUGAGGAAGAUAGCGGCCGAGUACUACGACAACCUGCCCCACUACAACUCCUGGAUCAGAGUCCUGUACGACUUCGUGAUGGACGACACCAUCAGCCCCUAUUCGAGGAUGAAGCGGCAACAGAAAGGCAAGGUGGACCUGGACUGA